AUGAUUAUUAUGAAAUAUUCUGGUAAUGUUUUUACUAUAUUUCGAACAUAUUUCGGUUUAAAUCAACGUUUAAAUAAUAUUCUUUUGGAUAAACGUUUACAUUUAUUAACUGAUUCCUUACACAUCAAUGUAUGUCAUACAAAUUUAGAUAAUUCUCAUAUAUUUCAAGAAGUAUCUAUGAAGAAUUCGAUCACAGAAGAACAACUUCAUUUAUGUUUUCAAUCAUUGGUUGCUUUUUAUAUAAAUGAACAAUAUAUUCAAUUGGGAAAAGACUUUGAAUUAAAUACAGAAAAUAUUGAAACUAUACGUAAAUCUUUUACUAAUGAACAACUUUUGAAUGUUAACAAUGAAUUAAAAAAUUUAUUCAAUGAUUUAUCACAUCAUGUUCUUCAUAAAAGUGAUCUAAAACGAAUUGAAUGGCUUAUAUUUCAAAGAGGUGCUUGUCUUGAAUGUAAUGAUUAUCAUUUCGAAUAUUUUAAUCUUGCGAAAGCAUUAAAUAAAUUCUUAUUUGCUCAUACUGAUAAUACUCGAGCCAUCACUCGACAAUAUGCUCAUUCUAUUGUUGAACUAUUCAAGUUACUCAUUCUUUGCAAUCCUAAUCUAUUAAAAAAUCGUGAUGAUAUAGGUUGUGGUGGUUGUCAAGUCUAUUGUUUGUUAUUCAGUGUUAUUUAUCAAUUCGAAUGUAUUAAUUAUAGAUUAUCAAAUUAUCUCGAUUGUGUUUCUGUUAAUAUGAAUUGUUAUCGAUCUGUGAUAGAUCUAUCACUUUUUAUUAUACAAUGUCAAAAACAAAUAUUUUGUGACGAUGAUUGGUGUGAUGGAGCUAUUUUUGAGAUCUUAUCCAUGUUGACUAAUUCCAAGAAUUCUAUUAUUGAUGAUCAACUAUUUAUUCAGAUUAGUCGAUUGGAGAUAUUAAAAAUUCUAUUUAACGAACAUGUUUUACAAGUAUCUCAAUGGGAUGAAUCUUUAAUUUACACUAUGAAACGAACUCUAAGAAAUUUAAUUAAAAAAAAUCGUCUCGAUCUAAUCUUACUCAUUUGUGAUCAUUAUCAAUAUAUACAAAAUAUAUUGAAUAAUUUAGAUGAAAAUCGACAAGUUAUAAAUAUUAUGACAGGAGAUCAUUUAGGAAGAGAAAUUUUUCAGAUUCUCAUAGAGAAAAAUAUUUUUCAUAUUUGGUUUAUUGAGAAACAUUUAAUAUUUAUUCUAUUAGAAAAGAAAGAACGUAAAUUAAUAGAAAAAUUAUUAACCUUAUCACCAUCUCUUAUCAAUCAAUUUGAUAAUGAUGGAAAUGAUCCUUUACUUCAUAUCUCUCUCAAAGUUAAUGGUUGUCGACAUCGAAUUAUUCAAUUUCUCAUUCAAAUAGGAUCUAAUUUACAACGACAAAACUCGAAAGGACAAGAUUUUAUUCAAAUUAUACAAUUAGAUAAAAAUAGAAAAUUAUUCAAACAUUUAAUUCAACAAAAAUUAAUAAAAACUAAUUAUACAUUCGGAAAGAUGCAAGUUACACUUGUCGAAUAUGAGCAUUCGGUGAUUUAA